CCAAACAAAUUGCUCACGACUUGGCACAUAGACAUCACCACACAGUUGCACGUACGACGGGUUGUGCCCUUAGCUUUAGCUUCAUGAUCAGUACAUUUGUAUCAUGUUACGCGAUGUCUGGUUCAAGUUGUCUACGUUGGAAAAUGGCAGCGCCGAUACAAAGGGGCACGGACCAUCACAAAACGUUUGGGGCAAAGGCGUAUUUGGCAUUAUAUUAUGCCACACCAGAAGGUACCGACGAAGAAGGAGAGUUACUCACGCCGUAUCUAAAAGAAUUCCACGAGAUUUUCAACUCGGGUCGGCUGAAACCGGGAAGUCGCCUGCUCGAUGUCGGGAGCGGUCCGACUAUUCAUCAGCUGAUCAGCGCCAGCAGGUUCUGUACAGAGAUCGUCUGCGCUGAGUACACUGAGAAUAACCGAGCCGAGAUUGAAAAAUGGGUGAAGAAGGACCCGGAUAUGCACGACUGGACCCCCUUUUUCAAGUUUGUAGCUGAUCUGGAGGGAGAUAGCUCCUCGUGGGAAGCGCGCCAGUCUCAUCUCAGAGAUGCUAUAAAGGAAGUCAUUACUUGUGACGUCACCAAGCCUGAACCUUUCGCUCCUCGCCAAUAUCAGGAGUUUGACGUGGUAACUACAACCCUGUGCCUGGAGGCAGCGUGCCCUGACCGGGAGUCCUACUCCGCUCCUGUACGCAACAUCACCCGCCUACUCAAGCCGGGAGGUACGUUCGUUCUCGCAGGAGUCACCAACCAGACCUUCUACACCGUCGGUGGCUACAAGUUCUUCACCCUUCCUAUCGACAGCAGCUUCAUGAGAGAAGUAUUUGAGAAGGCGGGAUAUGUCGAUAUCAAUAUCAAGUCGUUCCCGGCUACAAAUCCUGAGAACAACACUAUCUCCGACAUUGACGGGUUCGUUGUUCUCCAUGCUAGUAAGGCAGAGAUUUAAAUGUAGUGCUAGGACUUGG